AUGGAUAAAACUGUGGCCCUGAAACUAAGAAAGGGCAAUUAUAAUAAGACCAUGACUCUUUCAGAUGAGGCUAAGCACGAGCUGAGCUGGUGGGUAAGCUCAAUCGAAAGUGCAUACAAUGUGGUUAGUCACGGACAAGCUGACACAACCAUGACCACAGAUGCCUCAAAAACGGGUUGGGCGGGUUGCUCCCUAGCUGGCACACCUACAGGUGGCUCAUGGGACCCUGGGGGAUCUGAGAAACACAUUAACUGGCUGGAAGUUAAAGCCAUAUUACUCAGUCUAAAAUAA